AUGGCCUGGAGUUUCCGUGGGAAACUACAGCUUGCAGGACUGUUCCUCUCUCUCCUUGGUUGGGUCUGCUCCUGUGUCACCAUUGUCCUGCCCCAGUGGAAGACUUUCAAUACGGAAUUGAAUGAAAUGGAUACCUGGAUGAUGGGGCUUUGGGAGGCCUGCAUAAAUCGUGAGGAAGUUGGCGUUGUGUGCAAGACCUUCAACUCCUUCUUGUCUCUUCCCCGGGAGCUACAGGUAGCACGCGUAUUGAUGUUAGUUUCCCAAGGCCUGGGAUUAUUGGGGCUUCUGUUGUCUGUCUGUGGAUCUGAAUGUUGCCAGUUUCACAAGACCACGAAGGUACUCAAGAGACGCCUUUGCCUCCUGGGAGGAACUUUGGAGACAUUAGCUUCAACCACUACCCUCUUUCCAGUCUCCUCGGUGGCUCAUGCCAUAGUCCAGGAGUUCUGGGACGACGGAAUCCCUGAGAUUGUACCACGGUGGGAGUUUGGAGACGCCCUUUUUCUGGGCUGGGCUGCUGGUCUUUUCCUGGCUGUUGGUGGACUGCUCCUUAUUGUUUCUACCUGCCUGGGAAAAGAAAACGGGCCUUCUCCCCGGAUGGCUGAUUCCACAGCCUCACCAUCCUGGGCUCCAGCGGAGGAAUCAAAUGACGCCUCCCACCUCAUGCAAAAACCUGUAAACCUGGAUGUGUAG